ACAGGUGGCGCUGAUUCUCAUUCGUUCAGAGAAAAUUUGUGUAUGCUGUUGAACGAUUCUGCCCACGUGUUUUUUCGAGAUGGAAUUAUUGCAUUCUGACAAAAAUAUGUACGAAGAAAUAAAUGAAGAUAGCGAUGAUUAUCAAGAAAAUGAAUCUGCUGAGUUAGAAAUGGAGAACAAUACAGAUGAGUCAUUACCUGAUGCUAAAUCUACUUCAAACGCAGGAUGGGCAGAUGCUAUGCAGAAGAUUUUAAGAACAAAUAAGCCAAAGAGAAAAAAGACAAUAGUACUUGCAAAAGCAAAGAAAUUAUGCGAUGUAAAAAUAAAAGAGAAGACGGAAGAUUUCGAAAUUGAUGGUAUUAAAAAUGAAACUAAAAUAGAAGCUGAUGUCGAAACAGGAGAGCCUACUGUACGUACUAAACAAAGAAUAAAGGAAAAGAGUCUUGGCAUCCGGGUAAAACCAUCAAUUACAGAUCGAGAACGUGAAAGAAUGCUGCAAAAAAUAGCCACACGUGGAGUUGUACAGCUAUUUAAUGCAGUAAAACAGCAACAAACGGCUAUUGACAAAAAAUUAUCAGAAGCAGGACCAUUGGAAAGAAAACGCGAGCAAGUGCUUAAAAGUAUUGAUAAAAAUGCCUUUCUCGACAUUCUUAUGGGUGGCAGUAAAAGCAUACCACUUGAUAAUACAGUCAAAUCUGAAGCACUUGUAAAACAGACAAAUAAUAAAGAUAAGGAUGACAAGAUGUGGGAUGUUCUUCGAGAUGAUUUUGUUAUGGGAGCCAAGUUAAAAGACUGGGACAAGAAAGAUGCUGAAGAAGAGGAUUCAUCAUCUUUCGAGGACAUGGACAGCGAUGUGGAUUAAAAAUAAAAAAAACUUGUCAUAUGACUUUCUUUUCAGAUAAUUAAAUAGUCAUAAAAAUCUCAACAUUGAAUGUGUAUAUAAUUAACUCAUCUGGAAACAUUUUUU